UUGCAUAAAUUAUUUGAGGUGUUACUUAUAAUGGUGUUGUCUAAAGUGGUAUGUAUAAGCAACACAUUUUUUGUUGUUGCAAGAAGUUAAAAUAAUGUUACCUAUGACUUUAUACAACACCACCUAUAGAGGACACUACUAAAAGUGUUGCAUAUCACAUAUGCAACACUUUUGACACUUCUUGCAACACAUUUCAAGUGUUGCCAAAGAUCAUUUUUCCUGUAGUGAGAUAGCAAUUACCAUUAUCUUGUAGCCAAGUCCUCGUGCACAUUAGAGCUUCAACCGUUGAUUGAUGCAGCCUGCUCCUAUGAGGAUCCAAUAAUCGGCCUCCAGAGCUAAAGACUGACUCCGAUGCAACAGAAGUGACAAGAAUAACAAGAAUGUAUCUUGCAAGAUCGGGUAUUUAGGACCAUUAAUCUUCCACCACAUAAGUAUAUCAAAAUCAGACGUACGAGGAAGGAUCUCUUCAUUCAAAUAAGCAUUUAACUCUGUUGUAACAGAUGAAGUCAUAGACUUCUUCCUUCGACUAACAAACAAGUCAAAACCAUGAUAUGUAGUAGUGGACUUUGCAGGUGGAUCAUUCCCAACGGCAGCAAGAUUGUUACCAUUCACCCUUGAUUGGUAUUCAACCACCAAAUCUCCUAAAAUUCCUCUAAUUUCAGUAGCACUCAAUGAUGAACUACCAUCUAGUCCAAUUUUUCAGCAUAAUACUCGACAAUGUCAAGUUUAUACCGUGGGUCUAAAACAACAGCAACUGCCCAAAUCUGUUGGAUCACUUCCCAAUAUUUGUUGAACUUUGCCCACAUCGAUUCAACCAUAUGUUGAAUACCCUCAUUCGGAUCAAACAACCAUUCACAUAUUUUAAUCCUCAAAUCACAUAUGCGAGGAAAUAACAAGUUGACAGUAGGAUAUUUGGACCCCGAAAACAUGUCAGAAACCGAAGUAAAACAAUGGAGCUUCUCACAUAUAAUUGAAGCAAACAACCAAUCAUCACUGGCAGGCAAACAAUCUGAUAGAAACAAGAUUCUAUCGGAUUUGAUAAUUUGGGGAUUAGGGUUAUACGAACAGAAUUAGGGAUUGAGAUUGGGAUUAGGAGAGGAAAGUCUACAUGAGGGGGAAGGAUGCCAUAAUAAUCUCACCGGUCCUGCAAAAAUGUUAGAAACCGAAAGACUUUCCAACCAACACAUUAAUCUCACCCGCUCCCGCUCAGCCCCACCCCGAAGAGAAAGACUUCUCUUCGGGGUGGGGCUGAGCGGGAGCGGGUGAGAUUAAUGUGUUGGUUGGAAAGUCUUUCGGUUUCUAACAUUUUUGCAGGACCGGUGAGAUUAUUAUGGCAUCCUUCCCCCUCUACCGGUUUCACUGUGCGGUCGGCAUACGAGGAUUUGGCGGCCGAGGCCUUUGAUGGAUCGGUUGGUUUUCCGUACAAGUUCGUAUGGCAGAGUUUGAUUCCGAGCAAGAUUUGUAUCUUCCUUUGGAUUGUGUUUCAUAAAAGGAUUUUGACGUUGGAUAACUUGAAGAAGAGAGGAACCAGUUUGCCGAACAGAUGCUCGCUCUGCAAGCAGGAAGAAGAAAGCAUAAAUCACAUCUUUGUGAGCUGUAAUUUCGCUAUGGAGCUUUGGAGCAUUCUGAAAUCCUUCGUUAAUAUUGAGGAAGAGGUUUGCAGAGCUACAGAUAUCACUGACAGGAUCAAACUGUGGAAAAAGAACAGUCCGGUUGAUGCCGCUCAGUGGGGCUCAAGAGUGUUUAUCCAUGCUUUCUGUUGGAAUUUAUGGCUGGAAAGGAAUGCGAGAAUCUUCAAGGAUCUGGAAGUUCCCCCUAGAGUUGUGGCCCUCAGAAUCGGAAGUGUUAUCGCCCAAUGGUUGACUGCAGCAGAGAAAGUGAACAGGGAGACUGCCGAGAGCUGGCUGAAUGUGCUAAAACUGAGGUUAUUUCCCACCAGGACUUGAGCUUUUAUGGCCGCUGGGCCUCUGCUGGCUCUCGCGGCAGCUUUGCUUUUUCUUUCUUCUUGAUUUGCUUGUUCCUUUAUUUUUGUUCCCUUCUGAUGUACGUCCCUUCUCUGGUGGCUGCGUUGGGCUGCCUCGGCUCGUUUUUGUUUGCCUCUCUUUGGGCUUCUGUUUGUACUUUUCUAUAUCCCUAAUAAUACUAUAUCAUCCUUAUAAAUAAAAAAGAUAGGGAGAGCUUAGGGAUUGGGAGGAUAAUUUUUUUACUGAUUUCUGCUUACUCUAACAAAAGACCCAGAGUACAUAUUUAUAGCUAAUGACUAGAAAAACCUAAUAGACUAUCCCAAUAUGACUCAAAUACUACCAACCCUAAUAAUAAUUAUCCUACCAUAAUUAAUAAUAGAAAACCUUAAUAACCAUGUUUUUGUCAUUCCCUCUCCUCUUGAAACCAACCUUGCCCUCAAGGUUGCCCGAUUUUACCCACUUCUUCACAUCUCUUAUGCCAUUUGCGCCUUGCCUUCUCCGUUUCUUGCGCUUCCUUUUCUUCCAAUCGUACUCCACUACUUGACUUGUGCUUCUUGUAACGAUCUUAUUGUGCGUUCCCAACUCUUCGAAAUUCACUUCUAUGGACCCACCAUUCACUUUCAAUUCACUCUUCAUUACACUCCAGUAACUUAAGAAAUCUAAGGAGGUUUCUUUGUAUAAAAAUCCAUCAUUGAGCACCAAUCGUUAAGGCCUUCAAAAAUCUUUCUUGGAGCUAGCCCAUUUGUUUCUCGAAUAACCUUCGGCCCAUCAUCUUUUGAAAGCCCACUUAUCCAUUCAUUAAACUAGGGGUGGGCAACGGGAAACGGGUAUUUGGGUAUACCCGUACCCGUCCCGUUUUUUAAGGGUUACGGGUACCCAUAUUACCCGUAUUAUUAUAAACGGAUGGGACUUGGGAUUGUACAUUCCUAAUAUGGGUACCCGCGGGUUACCCGCAAAUACCCGUUUGGGUAAUGUGGGUACCCGUUAUACCCAUUUACCAGAAAUAGCCCACAGCCCAACACCCCAACCCAAUUCACUAAUUCAGAAAUGUGGCAUUGGGCCUUGGCCAUUUCGGCCCUUACCCUUAGUCGACCCUUACCCUGCCUGGCUGCCUAUUCCCUUUCGGCUUUCACUUAACUGCGAGACAGUCAGACAGCGAGAGUGUGAGAUAGCGUCCUCCACCCAGCGCAGCCGCAGCGCCAGCCUCAGCGACAGGCCGACAGCGAGACCUAGCUCACUAACUCAGCCUCCGCAUCUCCGCCGCUCCGCGCGCUUCCUCCUUCAUUCACCGGCGCGGGCCGCAGCGGCUUCCUUCUUCUCACUCUGCUGCGCCGCCUCCAAUAGCAGACCAGCAGCAGCCAACUUUCCCAGCCAGGAGCAGGGGGAAUAUCAGCAGCAUCACCAUUCACCCGGCGUUGUUAUCUAUUUAGGUAUGCAGCUGCCAUUCUCUUUUCUUUUCUACUUACAGUACAUAUUCUGGACUCUAAUUACUAGUUAGGUUUGUUCUGCUAAUUACUAAUUAUGUUUCUAAUUUCCAGCAUCUGUCUAUUUGGUUUAUGUUGAUUUGGUUUAUAGUUUCCAUGGCUAAUCAAGGGAAUGAAGCCAGUCAAGGGAAUGAAACUUUGGGUAUUUAUGGGUAUUAUGGGUACCCGUUAUCCGUCCCGUACGGGUAAUGGGUACCCGUUUCCCAUAUGGAUUUGGAACAUGGGAAGGACUUUGGCCUCCAAAUGGGACUGGGUACCCGUUUAAAACGGGACGGGUAUCCCGUCCCGUCCCGUUGCCCACCCCUACAUUAAACACACCUUUCUUUCCCACCAUAUUGAAAAGACAAUCCAACCUGGGCCAAGCUUUGUCCCAAAAACUCGGCCCAUAUGGUGAUGUGAAACCUGCAUAAUCCUCUUCUUUCUGUAAGUUGCCUUCUUGUACAUUAAAUUGCAUAAGACAAC